UCCACAAACCUGUGUUUCAUUUUCUGACUUAGAAAACCGCAAUUUCUAUCUCUCUGUGAUUAUGGAUUCCACACACGAUCAAACACCAGAAUUCUACCAAAACGUCGUCGUUAUGAGGCACGGCGAUCGCAUCGACAACUUCGAGCCGUUAUGGGUAUCCACCGCGACCCAACCCUGGGACCCGCCCCUUGUUCAACAGGGUCGGGUUCGGGCUUUCUCUACGGGUCGCAAGUUCCGCGACAAUCUCGGUUUCCCGCUCCACCGGGUCUUCGUCUCACCCUUCCUCCGCUGCGUCCAAACCGCCGCCGAAGUUGUCACCGCCCUCUCCGCCGUCGACGACGACCCAAACGCCCUUGCCGGCGACGCCGUUUCCAUCGAUCCUUCAAAACUCAAGGUUUCUGUUGAAUAUGGGUUAUGUGAAAUGAUGAGCAGGGAAGCAAUCAGGCUCGACGUGGCUCCUAAAGAUGGAAAUUGGGGUUUUGAUAUAUCAGAGCGUGAAGCCAUGCUUCCAGCAGGGACAGUGGAUUAUAAUGUAGAAAGGGUCUAUAAAGAGUUGCCACAGUGGGAAGAACCAGUUUUGAGCACAAAAGCUAGAUAUGAGCAAAUAGUUAAAGACCUUGCAGAUAAACAUCCUACUGAGAACUUGCUCCUUGUCACACAUGGGGAAGGAGUUGGGGUGGCUCUUUCUUCAUUUAAAAAGGGUGCUACAGUAUAUGAAGUUGAUUACUGUGGAUACGUGGAGCUUAAACGCCCAAUUUUCAAGAAAGAUCAGUCAUUUACUGCAGGAGAAUUUGAAGCACUUACUCAUACUGGUCAAACUGGUGUAAGCUAUUUCAUCCCAAAUUCUUUGAGCAAUGACACCAGUUAAACUUCAUAAUGACCAUCUUUAUGCUGGAUUCUCAGUUAUUUCUCUCUGGCCAUUUUAUAUUCGAGUCCUCCACAGUCCAAACUACUUUUCUGUUGUGAAUGUUUGAUUGAAUAGGAAAUUUAAACAGCAUUCUACUUCACUAAUGAUAUUUUCCUUGAUUGAAUAGUAAACAUUGGUGAAAAGAAAUAAAAAUAGGGAGGACUUUAUUCUUCCAUUUUAUUCAACACUCAACGGGCUUGAAUGAUCUAUGUAGGCAAUUCUACUUAGUGGGAAAGGACUUGGUUUGUCAUUAUUGUUGUAUUCAGUUGAAGUUAAUCAUAGAGUUUGUUUAUUGCUGUGUUGUGAAUAUAAAACUUGUCUGUUGGAAAGGAAGGAAGAAAAUGGUUGUAAUGAUGUUACUUUUUUGUGUAUUUUUUAAAGGAAUA